CGAGAGCCGCCGCCGCAGCACCACCACGACGCCGACUGGGUGGGGGUAGCCGCCGCCGCCGCCUGCCUGCCUGCCAGCCACCCGGCCCGCCGCGGAGCGAAGGUGAAGGAAUUGUAGAAGAAGAGGCGUGUUUAGGUUGCAACCAUGCCAUUUCCUUUUGGCAAAUCACACAAGUCUCCUGCAGACAUAGUGAAGAAUCUGAAGGAGAGUAUGGCAGUGCUAGAAAAGCAAGAUAUUUCUGACAAGAAAGUAGAAAAGGCUACUGAAGAAGUUUCCAAAAAUUUAGUUGCCAUGAAAGAAAUCUUGUAUGGCACAAAUGAAAAGGAGCCUCAGACAGAAGCUGUUGCUCAGCUUGCUCAGGAGCUAUACAACAGUGGUCUUCUUAGCACCCUAGUAGCUGACCUACAACUCAUUGAUUUUGAGGGCAAAAAGGAUGUGGCUCAGAUAUUCAACAACAUUCUGAGGAGGCAAAUUGGUACAAGAACCCCCACAGUCGAAUACAUCUGCACUCAGCAAAAUAUACUGUUCAUGCUGUUAAAAGGUUACGAAUCCCCAGAAAUUGCUCUGAAUUGUGGAAUCAUGUUAAGAGAGUGCAUCAGACAUGAGCCACUGGCAAAAAUAAUCUUGUGGUCAGAGCAGUUUUACGACUUCUUCAGAUAUGUGGAAAUGUCAACAUUUGACAUCGCUUCAGACGCUUUUGCAACUUUCAAGGACUUACUAACAAGGCACAAGCUGCUCAGUGCAGAGUUCUUGGAACAGCAUUAUGAUAGGUUCUUCAGUGAAUACGAGAAGUUACUCCAUUCAGAAAACUACGUGACAAAACGACAGUCGCUUAAGCUGCUUGGUGAACUACUGUUGGAUAGGCACAACUUCACAAUUAUGACAAAAUACAUCAGUAAACCUGAAAAUCUCAAACUUAUGAUGAACCUUCUAAGAGACAAGAGUCGCAACAUUCAGUUUGAAGCCUUUCAUGUCUUUAAGGUGUUCGUAGCCAACCCUAACAAGACGCAGCCUAUAUUAGAUAUCCUCCUAAAGAACCAGACCAAACUUAUUGAGUUCCUCAGCAAGUUUCAGAACGACAGGACCGAGGAUGAACAAUUUAAUGAUGAGAAGACCUAUUUAGUUAAACAGAUCAGGGAUUUGAAAAGACCAGCACAGCAAGAAGCUUAAUCUCCUAUAAACCCCUAAAAUAUUAAAUCCAAAUUCAGCAUUUGCUGUUAGAUAUUCAGCAUCAGGCACUCUUAUCAAUUCAUGAGGAACAUUACUGCUAAUCUGCUGUUCAGUGAACAGUGUUUGUUUUUCUCUCUUUUUUUUUAGUCCAAGUUGACAAACCUAGCUGCUGCUUUCUUGCACAAUGUGGACUUUCUUGGUAUUUGUGUCUGAAUUCAAGCACACUGCUUGUUUUUAGAAGUUUGGGGGGCGGGGGGAGAUUGUUGGUUCAUGAAAGCAAACAUAUAGAAGAUAGUUUGGGAUAGGAAAAGAAGGUAUUAGAGUAGUUUAAGUGACGGGGUGCAUGCUUGCAAAUCUGAUUCAAUCCGUACGUUUGCACUUAACCUUGUAUGAGAUGCGAGCACAAUGUUAUCUGUGCAUACUUGGCACCAUAGUAUAAGAUUGUAUGCCUUGAUUUUAAAAAAAAAUGUGCAGUGCUUUAUGUGUAAUCAAAGGGGAAAUGUGAGCUUACUGGGAUGAACAGUUGUCUUGCAAAUAAAACUGAUACUGAAACAUAGCAACUUCUAAAGAGUGAAAUCUCAGAGUUCAUAAGGAAAAUGUAUAUAUGCCUUUCACUGCUUUGUAGGUUUUUUGUUUUUUGAGAGAGAGAGAGAGAGAGUGUGUGAUUUUGUUGAAAAUUGAGUUGUAGACUUGGAAAUACAUUCUAAGGGUUUUUGUUAAUUUUACUUUGAAGGUAUUUCAGACAGUAGAGCUUAGCAGUGACACUUUGCAUUUCAUUUCAACAAUGCUUGUUGGUUUCUUUUGUAUAUAACUCCUAGGCUGCUCAUUUCUUUAAAAAGGAUUUAAUUUGUACAGCAGAGGAAUGUUAAUGUAUUAGUCUGUAUCUUUUACCUGAUACUGAGAUUUGCAAAAUGAAAGCUCAUCUGUAAUGAAUACUUAGGAUCACAUGGAAAUGCUCAUUUCACAUUUCUUAAAUACAGCAGCAUUAAAAAGAAGAAAAUCCAAUUUCUCUGUAUUCACUGGUUUAAUGGGGUGCCAUCAGUUAGGGUAGACUAAAAUAUAGUUCUGGAACCCACUAACCUAUAUCCUUCAAUGUCGGCCUUAUCCAUCUAUAUUAGUGCUGUGUUCAGCCAAUUGCAAAAUUAUAAAGAUUAUGCUAAAUUAAUAUCAAUUUGUUUUUCCUUGUGGGUACAUAGAGAAUCUCUAUUCCUUUCAUAUCGUUAACAUUCGGUAUAGUAGUUGUGAUGGUAAAUAACUAAAUAAUUCCCCUUUACUUCAAAAACCAUAAUUUCAUAACUGUCCUAGUGUCAAUAUCUUGUUUGUUAAUGCUGCAAACUAUCAGUAUUUAUUUUUUAAGAAAGACUGAUGUUGCACCACUUUUUGUUACUGUGAUCAUAACAAAAAAAACCUGCUAAAUAUAUCUCAACUAUGUUAUCAAAAUACUAUCUAUUCAUCUUAAUAGUAGUACUGAGAUCACAACCAGCCAGCCAACUUUAUGGAUUAGGAGUAUGGAAGUUCAAAUUCUGCAUGAUUGAACCUGAAUGAGAAUGCUCUAAAAUUAUUUAUUGCUUUCUAGCUUCUUUCUGGUUAAAUUAUUUCACUAAUGAUUAAAGUAAUCUCCUGAUUGACACCUUAGCUAAUUUUUACAGCUUUCAUGAAGGAAGUAGGAAAGUAAAUCCAGCAAAUAGGAUUCUAGUAAUAUUGGCCAUCUCUGCAUUGUCAUGCUUCCUUUAGUGGUCAUAACCUGUCCUUUGCAAAGUGAUUCAUAAUGUCUACUGAAAGAAGAAAAAGUAAUCAUUAAGCCUUUAUUAAAUCAUUUAUAUAGACAGGCAAAACUGGCCAUGAAAUGAUAUUAUAGUUCAGUACUCUGUCCUUUUUUAUAUUUUGGUUAAUCGUAGUUAAGAAAAGGAAAAUAUUACUUGGCAAGUUAUUCUCCAUUAUGCAUAAGGCUUCCACUUUAGGGGGGAAAUGUAGAAAUGCUAAAAAGUUAUGUAUGUGUAUAUAUAAAGAAGUUCAAAGAUGGAUUUGGAUAUUGGUUUUGCUUCUCUACUAUUUGGCAUGGGAGAAAGUGGCUCUAACUUUUUUCAAACAUUAAUCCUUGGAGUGUUGGCAUUCAAAAAAGUUGUAUUUAAGACCAUUUGAUGUGCUAUUCAUAUUAAAAAAAAACUAUUGUACUGGAA